AUGCACUGGUGCAACCAUCGGCGCAGAUUCCCGCGGCAACGCCGCGCGAUGAAACCGCACUUACGUGGCCCCCAGCCCUCUCGCGUCCGAGCCUGCAAAACCACGCGCGCGCGACCGCCAUCGACGCCGGGCCCGCCUGGCAGCGCGACCGGGCGCGCAGGCAGGUUGCCGAGCACAUGCGCAAGACCGGGCAUGCGCGACCGCGUCGAACUACCAGAAGGCGUCUCGAUGGCCACUGUGGCCCCACACAGAGACCGCAACGCUGUGAGACGUGAGUCGUUCGUGAGAAGGGCUUCGGUGAAGGCGAAGCCGGCAAAGAAAGGAGUGGGGAGCAGGGAGGGGAGGGGAGACACGGUCCCGGCCACGCAUGCCCCUGCAUCGUGCCGCGCCGCGGCAAUGCUCCCGCGCCGUGGGACCGGAACAAGCCUGCCGCACGCCCAUGCAGGCCCAAGGAGGGUCGGAGGCUCGAACUGCACCGACUGGUGCAGCAGCCCUUCGCGGAGGUGGGGGAGGAGGAGGGAGGCUGGAGGAGGGAGGGAGGACGGAGGCGACGGCGGACAGGGAGGACGGGAACUGGAGGGGCACCCCAGCACAAAAAAAAAACCCUCGGCAGGCACGUGCGACCCCGAGCACCUGCCUGGAGGCACCACGCCUGGACUCCUGUGAACUGCGGCGGGCGACCGAGCCGCACACGUGCAGGAGGCUAGGCAACCACGGCCUGGAUCUGGCCGGCCCCCGCCUCACUCUGGCCCCGCGGCGGCGGCCCUCCCGCCUGCGACGCCCUGCCGCGGCGGGGCUGGCUGCCUCAGGCGCGUUCGGAAGGGGGCGGCGUCACGGCGUCCAGGAAGGGGGUCUUCGAAUCGUGGCGGGAAGCAUGU